AUGUCAACCACACCGUCCGCACGUGUUCUCUAUGAACACAUCGACGACGUUGAAAGGCUCGAAUACUAUCGGCCUGGAGGGUACCACCCAAUUGAAAUCGGCAAUCAUCUUCAUGGACGAUAUCGUGUGGUGCACAAGCUUGGCUAUGGCACUUUCUCGACAACUUGGCUCGCCCACGACAAGACGCUAUCGAAGUAUGUCGCCGUAAAGGUGGGCACAGCAGACUCGGAUCAGAAAGAAGUCGACAUCCUGUCCCACCUUUCCAGCUCUACUCUUGAAGAUGGCGACCCUGGCAAGGAAUCAAUUCUCCCAGUGCUUGACCGCUUCAGCGUCCAUGGCUCAAACGGGACCCAUCCUUGUUUCGUUACCGCUCCUGCGCGAUGCAGUCUCGCCGACACCAAAGAAGCUUCAGGCUCUCGCCUAUUCCAGCUCCCAGUGGCCCGAUCUCUUGCCGCUCAACUCGCAAUGGCGGUAGCAUACACUCACAAGCGAGGAUUGGUCCAUGGAGAUCCUGAGCCUAUCCGCCGAGCCGACAGAAAGUCGCUCGCGUCCGGUGUCCCCCAUCAUGUCUACUCUCCAGUCUGGCUCGGUGAUGCAAGCGAAAAGAUCAUGCUCUCUGAAUCCAAGAUUCUUCUCGCAGAUUUUGGGACAGCUUUCUACCCCGCCCAAGAGUCAAGGUUACAGUCUUACACGCCCCUCGAGAUACGGCCACCAGAGGCCCGGUUUGAGCCUACAACGCCGCUCUCCUUCCCAUCCGAUAUUUGGAGCCUUGCCUGCACUAUCUGGGCCAUCAUUGGCCAGAGGUCGUUUCUUGAUAGCUUCCUGCUGAGCCAGGACGACGCCACGCGUGACCAGGUUGAUGCUCUUGGUCGUUUGCCGUCCGAAUGGUGGGAGAAGUGGGAAGCACGGUCCAAGAGUUUUACCGAAGACGGGAGGCCCAAAGAGGGCAGAUCUCCCUGGUCAUGGGACCAGCGUUUUGAAGACAGCAUUCAGCAGCCCAGGCGUGAGAAGAGCGAGGGGGCGCUCGAUGAGAAGGAGGGGCAUGCUCUUUGCGAGAUGAUACGGUGGAUGCUCGCCUUCCGCCCUGGCGAUAGACCUAGUGCCGAUCAAGUACUCAAGACGGCAUGGAUGAGAGAUUGGGCAAUUCCCGAGCUCGACAAUAUAUCCAAGAUUCUUAGGCUUGAGAUCAGCAGUUCUAAUCGACUUGCCGAGUCAUAG